UGUCACUCGAUGAUGUGGAGGGAUCACGGCGGACAUUCAGCUGAAGCAAACUCGCACCAUGUGUUUAUACUCCCACGCCUUCCUUUAUCCGGUAUCCAUAUCCUGCCAUUUCCUUCAGACUAUACCCUCUCCUGCAGUCCCCCAACGCACACCGAACCGUACCCUUAGUCCCUUACACCAACGCACUAUGCGACCAUCUACCGUAACGAGGAUGACCUGAUGGAGGAUUAGCGCUACUACCGCAGGAUGCUGUGGGAUAGGAAGACUUACUAUGAAGAGAGGUUGUCGAGCUUCGGGUCUUCCUUUCGGCGGCGGCGGCAUGCAAGCCAAGUCGACUCCAACAUUCUCAAACAUUCACGCAGUGGAGGGAGACAAGGAAAAGGAAGGGAACAUACCAAUCGAUCCACACCCCAUCCUCCGAUCCUCCCAUACCGCCUCCUUCCUCCUCUUUUAACCAACCCUAUCCAGCCGUCCACCCGUCCCAUCCUCCCAUACCACCUCCAUCCCUCCUCUUUCUAUCAGCCCCAAUUCAAUCCUCCACUCCUUCCCGUCGUCGUCGUCGGUCGUGGGCGACUCCGCCGGUGGGUUGUCGAGUCGUACGCGGCGAGUCUUGCGUUGCUAUCGGGCCGAGCCACUCGACGGGUGUCGCCUCGGGGGGGGGUCCGCUCGGUCGCAUCGCCAUGUCGGUCGCAGGCGGAAAGGUGUGUUUUCGAAGGGGCGACUUCACCGGUGGGUUGUCCACGAGUGAAUUGGACGCGGGGAGUCUUGCGCCUCGUCAAAGACGUGGACUUACCAAGACACCUGGCCACGUCCAGUCCACUCGACGACAACCGACCGGUGGGUGUCGCAAGGCGCGUGUCGGCAGGGUCGGCGUGUCGCAAUCGCAGUCGCAGUAGUGCCCUGAAGAGGAUGUUAGUAUACUGUUCCGACCAUAAAAUAUUUAUGUCGCUGCUGCUGCAAAUGAAUGUUAGAGAUGUUGGAGUGAUCUUGUCGUAGCGCGCCCCGCGAAUUGCCUAUGUGAGAAG